GACGAAGAAGAACACCCGGACCCUUAGGAGCGCUCGCGGCCGUUGCUUCUCUCUUUCCCUCUCAUCAUCAAUUACACUCACACGCAAUGGCAACCAACAUCACCUUCCACCCCGGCACCGUCACCUACGAGGAGCGCAGCCAGCUCUUGGGCCAGAGCGGCGCUACUAUCUGGCUCACCGGCUUGAGCGCUUCGGGCAAGUCGACCGUCGCUACUGCCCUCGAGCAGCACUUGCUUCACCAGAAGAAGUCGGCCUACAGGCUCGACGGUGACAAUGUGCGAUUCGGUCUCAACAAGGAUCUCGGAUUCAGCCCCAAGGACAGGGAGGAGAACAUUAGGCGCAUCGCCGAGGUUUCCCUUCUCUUUUCCUCUUCCUCUACCCUGACCAUCACCUCCUUCAUCUCCCCCUACUCCGCAGACCGCGAUCUUGCCCGCUCCCUGCACGCAGCGCACAACCCGCCUCUCCCCUUCAUCGAGGUCUUCAUCGAUGCCUCGGUCGAAGAAUGCGAGAAGCGUGACCCCAAGGGCCUAUACAAGAAGGCCCGCGCCGGAGAGAUCAAGGAGUUCACCGGCAUCUCGGCCCCGUACGAGAAGCCGGAGAAGGCUGAGAUUCACAUCGAUGCGGAUAAGACGAGCGUCGAGGAGAGUGUGAGGAUUAUUAGCCAGUACUUGGUUGAGAAGGGGUAUUUGAAGGUCUAGAGGAGCAGGAAAGUGGAGUGGAAUAGAUGGCAUACCAGCUGCGUACGCGGGCGUCUCUCUCAUCCAUUCGUCCGAUCCUUGACCCUUUCCAAGAAGUCUCGUCUGCCCAGAUACCCAGCCAUACUGCCUCCCUUAGCACCUCCUCCUUCCUUCGUUUGACUUUCCAUCUCUUCUCUCUCCCUCUCGCUCAGCGCCUUCCCUGACGCCGCCG